AUGCAUGCUGGAUCCUUCACGCACCGAACUCUGACACUACGUUCUCCUGCCCACCGGCACCACAGCAAGAAGUCGGACGCUAAACGCGCUCAAGUCCCAGAGCAACCUCUCGUGGUCCCGCAAGCAAAAUCUUCGCAGCUACUACCUACAUUGCCUCCUGCGGAUGACUUUCGGACGUCGUUGAUACUGCCUGAUCUCACACGUCGCUUCAGCCUUCUUGGCACAUCCUCCGGCACGCCCAUCGCUCUGGACGACCUGAAGUCCAAGUUUGCCGAACAACGCGCUCAAGGCUCCCAAAAUCAAGUCACCGAGGAAGAGGAGGAUAUGAUCCUUGAAGCAUUGGGACGAUUGCAUGCCAGAGCUGCUCGGACGAGAGCUUCCACCAGCAGGGAGGAGGCGAGCAGCGAACAGUCUACUUCUAGGAUCGAGAGCCAGGAUCUAGGAUCCCACGUAGCGUCAUCGUCGCCCACCAGAGACUCGCUGCAGUCCUCUAGCACCACCCCUACGGCGCUGCAUAGCGCGACCUCCAUGUCCUCUCUAUCGUCGACGAAAGGAUCCCAUGUCAGCAGGCGGAUGAGUAACAACUUGUUCGGAUCUGGCAAGUUCCGGGACCAAUCAUAUCUUCGUUCUGCAUCCCACGGGCGUCGGGCGGGGGGGAACAGGCCUGUCCCGUCCGUCGCACCCUCCGACUCUAUGAUGAGUAUGAGCACCGUCUCGAGUAGCAGGGCCGGGCAGAGCUCUAUGUAUUCGGACAGUCUCAGGCCAAGUACCCCCGACGGCAGCACUUAUAGUCCUUCGAACUCCGUCCCUUCCAGUCCGAACAACGACAAGGCCUUCGAGAAACAGCGGACAGGACGAUCGGCGCCACCAGACUCCGACUCGGAAUCCGCUGCAGACAGGAAGGUCCUCACCACGCGGUUAAACAAAGCGCUAUCCCCCGACGUCCUGCGGCGUGCAUCGAUGGCGCUGGACGAGGUCAUCAGGGAGAUGGAGGAGGAAGGUGACGACGAAAUUGUCAUGGAGAGAACUACGCUUCCUCACAUUCAUGGGGCUGCUUCGAAUGGAUCUGCGGGCACACCGACGGAGCAACGCUCGCCCCUUGCGCUACCGGGGGAGUACGGCACAGCGGUCUCCUCCGACGACCGAGUCGUGCUCACGCCGACACAGAUUCAGAGCACGACUGUAGAGAUGCGGUCGCCCACCAGCUCCCCUGCCCCGCGCCUGCCCGGAUACAUCCCCGGUAUGCCGAGGCCUAUGACACCCCGUGAGUCGACGUUCGACUCUGACGACCAGACGCCAUCGAAUACUCCCCGUGCUACCUCCCCUCGUUUACCUGGCGCACCUCCGUCCCCUCGCGUCCCACAGACAUUGUCCUUGUCCUUGUACAGGAGCAACUCCGCUGCGUCCUCGUCUCGCCAGUCUCCUGCGCCGGUUGUUACCCCUGUUCUAGCAUCUACACCACCACUCUUUUUCAACCGAACCGUCAACGGUCGAUACACCCCGGAAGAUCGGCAGCGUAGUGGAACAAGUUCCCCUGUCACCGAUGUUUUCGAUUCAUCUGCGCAACCUCGUCGCCGGCCUAUGUCCCCCCUUUCUGCGCCUGCGUUCCAAGCGUUGACAAACCCCUCGUCACACCCAACUACACCGUCUAAUGUGACGUGGAACACAGGCUCUCAUUCAACGAGCUCACACGUGGCCGCCAAGUCCAUGGACGGAUCGCUGUACAGCAGAAACGGCAGUACUAUCAGUGUUGGAGAUGUUCUAGCCGAUGGGUUGGAGAGGGCAAAGUCGACGUCGAGGUCCCUCCGUUCACCCGCGCUGCCGGAGUCACCUCUCAUGGAUCGCAACUAUGGCCUGGCCAUGGCCAUAGAGUCUGAAUAUCGACCAUCGUCGGCGAUGUCGGGAAUAGAGCUUGGGUCGCCCGUUCAAAUAAACAACCGGCCACUUCGCUCUCCGACGCCGACGCACAGCCGACAGAAGUCUCCAAUCGUGGCGACGUUCCCCGAGGCUAUCAAUGGCAGUUCGAGCGGAGACACUUCGAACAUGAGCAGGCGGUCAUCGAAGCAGAACCAUCACUCUUCGUUCUCCCUGGGCUCGUCAUCAGGGCUCCUUCUCUCUCCCAUCGCUAACUCUUCGAGGUCGUCGAUUGAGUCCGCUGGGUCCAGCUACCAUUCGUGGGACGAAGAUCACAGGAAGGAUCGACUGUAUGACCUCUUCAGCAACCUUGACCCGAACCACACGGAGUGGCACGAUGUGUCUGCGCUGGACAAGUCCGCUUCGUCGACACCAGGCACCUCGCCGUACGAGAGCCUGGACAUCGAGGAUGCGGUGCGGAAGAACACAGGGUUGACGAAGAACGACUUCAUUGCCAUACAAGAUAGGCUAGUGAAGGCCGCUAUCCAGAAAGUCAACACCCCUGACGGACGAGCGCGCGCGAAUUCUCUCAGGAGGCGGAGACCGUCGACGUCACAGUCGAAUUAUUCGCUCACUGAGAACCGGGUUGCCAGCCCGGCUCCUCAUGUGCAGCCUGUCGCCAACGCCGUGGCUUCCAAGGGCUCAGACCAUCAUGCAAAGGUCAAUGCGUUGUUAGAGUCCGUGGUCGAUAGCAUUGAGUCACCACGUGCGAUGGAGGCGACAAGUCUCCCCGCACCAGAACCGCAUGUACAACAUGAAGCUGUGUCCGCCAGCCCCGUCCGCCGCCAUAAAGCACUGGCGGAUGCUUUGUUCGGUUCUGAAGGCAACACCGAACGACCUCCGACUCCUGGAGCUCAGGCAUUGCUAUCGCCGGGUUUCGAGGGUCGCCGUUCUCGUGCACAGACUCCUCCUGAGGUCAUUCCUGACUCCAUCUCGUCGCCACCCUCUGUGUCGACUCUGACUCGAGCGAUGUCGGCCGCGAAGUUGCCCAUCUCUCCUAACUUCAGUAUGUCGCAGACAAACGUUUCUCAUGUUGACGCCGCGCGCUUGACCAUGGAGGUUCAGCAAAGGGCAGAGGCUGCCACUGCAGCGCUCAGGAAGUCGCCGUCGAUCCCAAAAAUGGGCGAACCCACCAGCGCACCCCAACGCAAGCGCAUCAACCCGAAGCAGAUAUCGUCUCCGAAGCUGGUCUCAUCCUCGACCAGUCUGGACACUAUUCCUCUGCUGUCGACCUCCUCCCAGAAGGUUUCGCGGUUCAGGAAGCUAACAGGCACUCUGCGUGCCAAAGAUAUACCCCCACAUGCACUUGAACCAUACCCUCCGGCGUCUGCUCCGCUCCCGAGCCAUCACCCUCAUUUCUCUCCGACGUCUAGUGCACAAACCGAGCAAUUUGGCCCGAGACCGGUUGGUCGUGAACAUGGCAAGACGUCGUCUCCUGAUCCCAGUCCGCCGGCUUCGGCUUCACCCGGAAUCAGGAGCUUCAUCUCCCGUUUCCGUAAGCCCAGGGCUUCAGAGUCUUACUCGGCAUCGCACCGCGAGAAGUCGUCGCCUUCACUCUCAGCGUUCUCACCAUCAUCGCCAUCGUUCAAUUCUCUGAAUGCAGGCCAACCUCCCCGAUCCGCUCCGGCUCUGCAAACAUACUUCGAGCAACCCACUGCGAAAGUCGCACGCGUACCUUCAACAACGGUGAUGGAGUCACGAAAGCCACCGCCGCUCGUUGAUACGCCGCAAGCGUCUGAUGAGGCUCAACCGCAAUCGGACGACGCAGCUCUCAAGCAGUUGUUCGCCGCUGCUUCCGACCUUGGUUUGGACCAGGUAGAGCUGAAGAAUCUGCUUGCUCGCUCCCCGUCGACGUCAUCCAAACUGACUCGAGCCACGUCUGUGACCGAGAGCAGAAAGAGCCAUCUUCCUGGUGUCCGCGAGGAUUAUGUGCCCGAUCGAUCCCCCUCUCCGACGGUACCCAUGGGUAGAUCCAGUACGGAUGGCCAUUCCAACAGACCUUCGCAAGAUGGUUUCCGACCCUCAAUGGACGACGUUCCCGAGAUUACGCUUCGUCCUCCUCGCGAGGAGCCGGAGGCCAACGUUAACCCAAUUGUACGGCGGACCAUCAUUUUCCCCUCCGACCCUCGUUCUUCGACUUUCGAUCUCAAUGCGCUCAUGCGCAAGCAGUCUGCUACACGCAAACGACGUUCCGCUGGGGCUAACUCCACCCAAUCCAUUCGCUCGAUUCACGAUCGCGUACCAACGCCGCCUCCACACAAGCACACAGGCCGUCGUUUCUCGACGGACGGUUCUCCUCCGGUGCCUCAGUUGCCCGUCUCCAUAGGGUUGCAGAGCGACCAGCUAGUUGCCCCUGGACAACUGGAGCCAUCGAAUUCUGCUUACGAUUCACUGUGCGGCUCUCUAGAAGCGACCGAGUGUACGAAAUCUGACUGUGUCGCUGACAGAUAUGAGAUGUACACCGGAGAAGGCAAGCCCAACGGCGCUGCAUACGCGGAACUCCAGAGUGGUUCUACCAAUCAGCAGUCGGAUGCGAAUCCGGAAGCCGGACCUGCUCUAGAGCUUAUCGAACUAGCUAAUGGAGAAAUGAUCUGGAAUAUCGUUAAUGGCUUGCGAGACGAUGACGGGGAGUCUUUCUACGGCGACCGCAGUAGCUUUGUUUCGGAGUACUCACGAAGAGAUUCUACUGGGGACGGCCUGAGACUCUUCUUCAAGGGCCACGAGAAGAAAGGUUCGAAGGGCAGCAACGUGUCCACGGCCACACGCAAGCGGCACUUUCCAAAACCUGCUGUUCGUCCGGAGACCAAGGUCUUCUUCAGCUCUUCGACACACAUCGGACAGCUUAUCGAUAACCUUUCACGUGGCGUUGACGCUGGAUCCUUCAAUAUUGCCCCCGAGUCUUCGCAAGCACACCACCACGCUCACUCCGCGUCUUCGUCGCUAGGGUCGGAAAGUGAAUUGCGCUGGACCCUUGAGGAGAGAAGGCUUCAGCAGAUGCUUGGUUCGCUGGGUUCAACUAAGUGA